AAAGUUUUGUAAAUACAUUUUUGCGACCCGGCAUUCACCUACAUUUGGUCAUGUGUUUGUCCAUAUCAGGCGAGAACACCCAACCAACCACAAAUCUGCCAGUACAACCCAUCGCUUCUUCACCCCAUCCUAAGAAUGGCAGAGGGUAUGAGUCAGAGGCCUUUGACGCCUUUAUCACAGGCAUUUCUUGCUACGAACAAUUUGUCGCCUGUAACCUCUCCACUCCCCUUUCAUUCUGACCUUCCUGGACUUCGUAAAAAACGUUCUAAUUUUUUCCCCAAGUUCGACGAAACGAACGCUGUUGAUGACGAACGAAAGGCUGCUUUCCCCCCGAGCAACAACUAUGGCUAUUUCGACAGUCGAUUCUCCGCUGAGAGAGCAAUGUUUCCCUCGUCUGCUGCUAGCACUCCAGGGAUUGGUAUCGGUGAAAACUUCGACAUGCAUUCGUCAAAGGAAACGAUGUUUGACGGUGCAAACGCUCUCCCAAUCGCUCUCCAACAGGCACUGGAUGCUGGAGUAGCACCCUCUACGAAAACUUCGUUGGCUAGCGGUCGUACCCGGUUGCAGACUGCGUGGCAGGAACACAACAAGUCGUCGGGACUUUCGCUGAGCUUUUUUUCAGCGAAAAACGCCUUCUCCAAUCUGGGACCGUUAACGACGUCGGCGUUGCCGCCGUCGUUCAUGGGUUCUAGCCUGCUAGAAUCUGCUCGUGGAGCUCAAACUCCAUCGGCCCUUUCUUCUGCCUCUGUAGUCAAAGGCAGCAAUGGAAACAACGGCUUGGAGGGCUCUGUGAAUGGCAACAGAGUUUCUGCUGCCAUUGAAGAACAACAGGAGGAAACCAUCCCAACAGCCAUUGUCAUCAAAAACAUUCCCUUUUCGUUGAAAAAGGAGGUUCUCUUCAAGGUUUUUACGGCGUUGGACAUUCCUCGCCCCUACGCCUUCAACUAUCACUUUGAUAACGGCGUUUUCCGUGGUUUAGCUUUUGCUAACUUCCACACACCCGAGGAGGCUCGCAUUGUAGUUCAGAGCCUGAACGGAUAUGAAAUUUCCGGACGCAGAUUGCGUGUGGAAUGGAAGCGUCAACUUCCUGCCGCUGAGCGUGAGCGAAUUGAACGCGGUAAACAAGAAAAGCGCCUUUCUGAUGAACGUCGCAAGCAAAUGAAAACUAUGUUUUCUGUCCAUUCGUUGGGUGCUGGCACCGAUAUUGACAUGAACGAUAGCGCAACCUUGAACCUUUACUCCCACAUGAUCCUUUUCUACCACCGCACCGACUCGAUGAAUGAACUUGUACUGGGACCUAACUUGAGUGCCGAAGAGGUCCGUGUCUCAAAGCUGCUGGCCAGUCGUCUUGGAUUGAACUGUACCAUUCGUGGCGAGGGUGUUGACGAACACAAGCAAGUUGUCGUCAGUUUUCCUUCCGAGCCCAUGAGUAACUCGUCUGUUUCCAGCAGUAGCAACAACGGCAGCAACAACAACAACAAUGCCCCGAACGUAUCUAGCCCACUGGUGGGUGGAGGGACGACAAACUCUCUGCGUAACGGAUCGAGUUCGGUGAACAAUGUUGCUUCUUUUCGUCGCGGGGCCCCGUCCUUGCAAUUGUCGGACAACAUGAAGCUGCUUCGUGGCUACGCUGACUUUAAGAAUGCAUUCUCCGAUGUGCGUAGCAACCCCGUGACGCCUCUUGAGUCCCCCAGCUUUUUUUCCAACCUCUCGUUUUCGUCACAAAACAAGAACGACCCUCUUCUUCCGCUUUAACGAAUAAUGAUUUUAACAUGGAACCGUGUGCGGGUACUGCUGUUCUUGUUCCAAAUACAGUGCCCGCAGUUGUGAACUCUUCCUCGUUCGCUAAUGUCGUGGACAAUAGCCGCGCUUGGUGAGUGAAGCUGCUGUACUAACGGCCUUGUCUGUACAACGCUUUGUAUGCUUUCGUUCGAAAUGAAUCGUCACAUGAGCCGUUUGGUUGCUCAUGUUCUGUUUUGAUGCUGAUUUUUCUUUUUUUCCAUUUCUCUAUGCGCACGCAAAAAUCUUAUGAUUUAAUUACGUUUUUUGGUUUUGUUUGAUUUACGUCCACUCUGUCGCCGGACUUUUUUGCUCAAUCGUUAUUAACAAACUUGGAGAGAGAGGCUUCGAAGGGUGUGCACUACUUCCCAACAUCUACGCAUAUAAAACGGUUGCACACAUUGGAACACACAAACCCCUACUCCCCUCCAUUGCCUCUCUCUCCGGCAUGAACACUGCUUGAAAGAGUCCGUCCGCCAUUUGAAAAAGUCUUGUGUGGAUAGGGUGGUGUAGAUUGGUUUAAUAAUGCAAACAAUUUAUUGCCUUGGAUCCUUCUCUCAUCCUCUUUCCCCUCGACUCGUACUGUAUGUUUCCUCCACGUUUACGGAAACGGCUGGCGCAGAUUGUACUUCCUUCUGUGACACUAAUUGCCGGUUUUUCGAAGCGUGUGAUGAUUUUCUGUGAUUGUGCGUUAUUCUAUCAAAGUAUCGAAGUCUCGUUGCCUUUCUAAUAAUUGUUGAUCAAAGGGAGUUUUCUCCCUUCACGUUGAAACGUAGGUUACGUGAACGCACUAUGGACCGGACCGAGUAAUAACUAGCUAGCUGGUCCUAGUACUAUAAAAUGAUAGACAGCAAGUAUCUGAUUUAAGUGGUAGUGUGAAUGGAGUGAAGGAGUGCAUGUGUUCGUAUUAAAGGUCGUUCUUGCCCCCCCC